CUCAUCAAUGUCGCGACGGUUUCGUAAUAUUUUUUUUUUGAUAGAUAAUGUUUUGACAUUUUACACACUUACAUAAACAACUACUAAGUAGCGUUUUUAGUGACAUUUAACAGUUUAAAGUGCGCCGUUAGAGGACCGUUGGCGGUUGGCGCGCUUUGUACGGCGUCACUGUCUCAUCCCGCUGCUGUAGUCCCAGACCCAAACAAGGAUGUAGGUGAAGAUGAAACUUACUGGGAGCAGCACUGGGAACUAACCACAGCUUAUAUCCAUGCUGAGGAGGAGGUGAGACACUUUUGAGGACAUUGAUGAGGAGGAAGACGCUCAGACAGAGAUGCUGCUGUACCUGUCCUUGCUGAUCUUCUGUGUGCCACUAGGGGGCGACACCUCACCAAUCAGCUGCUACAAUGACAAAGGCGAUGCAGUUGAUUGGUUCUAUGUGUACAAGCUGCCUGAAGAACAUGGCAAAAAAUCCCCCCAGCAUGGUGAGAUGUAUCUGCUGCUGGAGAAAGGGAGUGAAGGAUGGACCAGUGGGAAGGAGACAGUGAACGACACCACGGGAGCUUUGGGCAGGACAGUCGGACAGCUGUACUCACAAGGACAGAACACAGAGCUCGCGUACAUCCUUUACAACGACCAGAGGCCGCCUGUGGACUUUGGUGACAGAUGGGUUGACAACAGUGGGAGCAGAGGGGGGCACACGAAAGGUGUCGUCCUGCUGGAUAAAACUCAGGGCUUCUGGUUGGUCCACAGCACUCCUCACUUCCCGCCGGUAAGACAGGCAGGACAGUAUUCUUACCCCAGCAGCGGUGUGAACAACGGACAGAACUUUAUCUGCGUUACCUACCCGCUCGACCGCUUCCAGGACAUCGGAGAGCAGCUUCAGAUCAAUCAGCCUAAUGUGUACGACUGUGACGUCCCCGAGUCCUUGGCGUCCCUGGUGCCCGCGCUGGCUGCCGUCUGCAAGAAGAAACAGCUUUCAGGUCACAUCUUUCCACAGACGAAACCUGUGUCCAAUCGCAGCAUGACGCUGACCUCAAAGGGUGGCACGGACUUCAUCAGCUUUGCCAAAGGAGCCUCUUUUCACAACGACCUGUACCACUCCUGGGUGGCCCCCACCCUCCAGUCAGACCUGCUGGUCCAGUUCUGGAUUCGCUCCAGGGGCAUCCUCCCCUCCAACUGCUCGCAGGGCUGGAAGGUCCUGGACAUCACGCUCAUCAACCCGGGGCAGACGUUCACCUUCAAGGCUUCUCAGGACCACUCCAAGUGGGCCGUCAGCACCCAGGCGUCCAGCUCCGGGGACGGAGGAGGCUGGGUGUGCGUGGGAGACAUAAACCGGAACGAGGCGGAGGAGAAGCGAGGCGGUGGCACGGUGUGUCUGCAUGACCCGGUGGUGUGGAAGGCUUACAGGACAGCAGCUCUGCAGUGUGAGGCUUGUGGAGGAGGAACCAUCCAGUGUUGAUAAACCCGCCGGAGUCAGAUUUGUCUGCUGGGCAUGUUGGUUUUUAAGUGAAAUGUUUGGUACAAUGGGUGUAUCUGUUUCAAUGUGGUUGUACAAUUUAUACAUUAUGCAUUUUUGUGAUAGUUCUAAGAGCACAGGUGAAAAGAGUCAAUAAAGAAAUAUCUGAAGUGAAAUGGUCAAAUCCAACUUUGGCAGAAUAUCGUGCAUUAAUGUAGGACCCCCAUCACUCACAGCACGAAUCAGAUUGAUAAAAUAUGUUGUGGGGGCCUCUGAGGCACAAAAAAAGCCAUUUUACUUGUUCAGAAUGAUCAUUAGUCGUAGUUAUCGAGGGCUGUUACAUCCUCCUCUUCAAACUUAAUGCACUCAGAACAAUGCUGGAGGAGUAGAAGUAGUCAAAUCUGACAGGAAUCAGAGGGCUUUGAGAGAAAUACGGUGUUCAUUUCGAAAAACACUAAAGCCUCAAAGUGCCACUGUUAAUGAAAUCGUUUGUUCAAGUGUCUUUGUGACCACCGGGUACUGUUCUAACUGAGACUGAGACGAGGUGGCAGGUUAUGUAAGUGCUGCCUCGCUUUGUUGAGCUUCUGUUUAAAUCAAUAUGGCUGGUUUGUGGGUGCGUUCUCAGGGAGUGUGUUCAGCUUUGCCGGUUCAAAAAUGUAAGAAAAAUGGAUUUGAUGGAAUUUUAAAUCUGUGAGCAUAAAUUGCACUGUUUUAACAUUCAGACACUGACGGCAUUUAGGUGAGAGGAAUACUUUGUGUGUCAGGACUGUGUGUGGUAUUAACUAACCUCAUCAUUGUAUCACAUUCCCACAUAUAUUCAUAGAUUUUUUACCUUGAUUUUGCUUGAAGAAAAAAGAUGCUGGCUGUCUUGAAUCUUAAUAAAAAGACUAAAACAGG